GAACUGCCAUGGAGAUUGUCCAGUUUCUUACGCUCUCACUGGACAUGAUGCUCCAAUCUCAAAAUCACCGUGCCUUUUGACGGGGAUAUUAUCGUCUUGCUCAGGAGAACGAGAUCGAUAUCGAGGGAUAAGGAAUAAGGGAUAAGGGGCACAUUUACCCCUUUCCAAGCCUUCAGGUUCGGUCGAUGAGGGUCUCUCCGACUUUCAUAUGCGCGAUAAGGCACAACUCUGAAGCUAAGCAGAUUGUUGACAUCUUCAUGUGUUCUGAUCAUGAGAGUUGGGAUUUUUAUGACGAGGACGGUGACCUGGUCGACCUGUUUGCUCCCUCGAGUCAGAUCAUUGUCGGUCCAGACGUGGUCAACUGGCAGCGAAAGCAGCACAAGAUUAUGCCUGGUUUCGUCGUCCGGUUGAGUGGCGGAUGCGAAGUCGUUCAGGUCCUGUGUUCCGAGAAGGGUGCUGAUAUCAUCGUAGAUGGGUUCUUCCGAGCGUUGCUGCGCAAAAUUUCUUCCGCUUUGCUGCAUGGGUUGGUCUUCGGCGUCCUCGUACGUCCCAUCUUCGUCCUCACCGACAGGACCAACCCAUGCCUCGCCCUCCCCCAAGCUGAGGUCGCUGAUAUCUCCGAUCUUGCCUUGCGAUACGCAGGUCUUACAGACAAAGUCAGCGGUGGAUGUCUUGAGGCCAUGGCAUACAGAGUGCGCGAGGGUGCCGCAUUUGUUGCAGGUGCACUGUUUAUCCGAGUCUAUAAAUUGAUACUCAAGCGGUAGUACCAAACGUGCGGAGCUUUUGUGCUUCGUCUACGAUGACUAGUGAGAAUACGGGGAGGCAAAGUCAUACAACUGAACUUCUUGGUCCGCUCUCUCAUACACGCAAAUC